UCCCUCUUUUACGCUCUUCUUAGAACCCCUCGAUUUCAAUCCUUUUUUGAAUUUGUUCUUCUUGGUUUUAAUUCCUUGUUUUUGAGUUUCGAUUGAGGACUUUGUUGUGGUUUUCGAUUCAGUUUGAUGUUUGGCAUCGGGAGCUAUGAGGAAGAAGCUCGACACCCGAUUUCCUGCUUCUCGAAUAAAGAAGAUUAUGCAAGCAGAUGAAGAUAUUGGGAAGAUUGCACAGGCUGUACCAGUUUUAGUAUCCAAAGCAUUGGAAUUAUUUCUGCAAGACCUCUGUGACAGGACAUAUGAUAUAACCCUUCAGAGGGGAAUGAAAACAAUGAGUUCUUUACAUCUAAAGCAGUGUGUCCAUAGUUUUAGUGUCUUUGAUUUCCUGAGGGACACUGUGAACAGAGUUCCUGAUUUGGGCGGUUCUGAUGCUGGUGGUGAGGAUAGAGCCGCAAAGAGAAGGAAAGCUGUAGAUGAAGGAAAUGACACUGAUGAGGACUUGAAGAGGGCCAGAACUCAUGAUAUAGCAGGCGAUAGCAGUGGAGUUAGUAGAGGACGAGGAAGACCCCGAGGUCGGGGGAGAGGGCGUGGGGUUCGAGGUAGCCGUGCUGCUGAGAGGGACAGUGCUCACUUUGACAAAUGUGAAGAUGACCCUGAUACUUCUCCUCACAAUGUGAUACCUCAUGACAUAAAACCGGAAAUGUUGAAUGAUGGCAUUCCUUCCAGAGAACCAAUGGAAUCUAAAGACAGCAGUGAUGGCCCUAAUGCUAAUGGCCCAAACUUUGACCUGAAUGUAGUGCUAGAUGAGAAGGAGGACACAACAACGAGAAUUGAGACAUCUGCGAAAGAUGAAACCAAGCAUGAAGAAUAUCCUGGUUGGUCCUUCUCUGAUAUGCAUAAGAUGGCCAUCGAUCCCCUUCAACUCACCUCUUUAAACAAGAUAACUGAAGAGGAAGAGGAUUAUGACAAUGAAGAUGGAUGAAUUAGUCUGUAAUCUCCCUGAAAUGGAUAGUCUCAUGUAGAUGAUCAAAUUUGUUUUUCCUGUUUCCUCAAUAGUUCAGGGAAAGUUAUUAGGUCAAGAUUUCAUGCCUUUGUAUACAGGUUGUUGUCAUAGCACUAACAACAGUAGAAUAAUUUAACCUUUGUUCUAAUAGUUUUUUUCCCUCU